AAAAGUGGUACUGGGAGGGCAAGGGGAGGGCUUCUCUCCAGUUGCCUCAAUCUCGGCUUCGCCCUCUUCAAGAGACUGUUCACUCGGCAUGGCACAUUAACUUUAACGCUCACUUUGGAAGGAACCUCUCCACUCGACGUCUCUGGAUUUACAGCACUUGCUUAUUACUUAAAUUUCUCUGCAAUAUUGUUAUUUGGGAGUCGGAGAAUUCACCAGAAACUCAACGCUUUGCGUCGACGCUAUUAUAUAUGUUUCCAUCCCGCACGAUAUAGGGACACGCUAAACCACACUCUACAUUGAGCAGGUGACAACCUUAAACCGUUCUUGACAAAUGUGUUCCUUCGCUAUGUCACGAUUUAGUCUGUAACUUGAAACGUUUUUCAUUGAACAUACACCAAUAGGCUAUUUAUCACCGCGCAGUAAAAGUACAAAAAUCCCAAGUCGUGUCUAUUAACUACUCUUUCCCCUGGUUUUGCCUCUGCAAAGAAGUUCAGUGUGCAACAAGGAGGGGUUUGGGGUGGAAAAGACCACACUGUCUGUGACCAUACAUUGUUAUGGAAAUUGCAACAGGUCUCGAAUCAUUGGAGAGACGCUUCUCGGCAAGGAAUCAUUCUUCUGCCUGUUCAAAGAUGCUGGACGGUAUUAAAAUCGAAGAUCAUUUUAGAACGGGAGCGGCCACUUUGGGCGUUAUGAUCGGUGCUGAAUGCCAUCAUCAGGCCGUCUGCGAGGGAUGUCAGCGGCCUAUAUCCGACCGAUUUCUGAUGCGGGUCAACGAAUCGUCGUGGCACGAGGAGUGUUUGCAGUGCGCAGUGUGUCAACAGCCGCUUACCACAACUUGCUACUUCAGAGAUAGGAAACUCUACUGCAAAAUUGACUACCAACAGCUGUUUGCCACCAAGUGCAGUGGUUGCCUGGAGAAUAUAGCUCCUACUGAGUUUGUGAUGCGUGCCCUGGAGUGUGUGUACCACCUGGGCUGUUUCUGCUGCUGCGUGUGCGACAGGCAGCUGUGCAAAGGAGACGAGUUUGUCCUCAAGGAGGGCCAGCUGCUCUGCAAGAGCGACUACGAGAGGGAGAAGGAACUGCUCAGCUCCAUGAGCCCUGAUGCCUCAGAUUCAGAAAAGAGUGAAGCUGAGGAGCUGGACGGGAAGCCUGAGAAGGGCUCUGGGGGCCAGGGGAAGGGCAGUGACGACGGGAAAGACCCUCGCCGUCCCAAACGGCCACGCACCAUCCUGACCACACAGCAGAGGAGAGCCUUCAAGGCGUCCUUCGAGGUGUCCUCCAAACCCUGCCGGAAGGUUAGAGAGACGCUGGCGGCAGAGACAGGCCUUAGUGUCCGUGUCGUCCAAGUGUGGUUCCAGAACCAAAGAGCCAAGAUGAAGAAGCUAGCCCGGAGACAGCAACAACAGCACGAGCAGCAGAACUCCCAAAGGCUAGGCCAAGAAGUGAUGUCGGGUCGGAUGGAGGGCCUGCUGAGCUCCUACACCCCCCUGGGCCCCCCUCAGCAGCAGCAGCUAGUGGCUAUGGAGCAGAACGGCUACGGCACCGACCCCUUCCAGCAUGGUCUCACCCCGCCACAGAUGCCCGGAGACCACAUGAACCCAUACGGAAAUGACUCCAUUUUCCACGACAUCGACAGCGACACGUCCCUCACCAGCCUCAGCGACUGUUUCAUGGCAGCGUCCGACAUUGGCUCCCUGCAGGUGCGGGUGGGGAACCCCAUCGACCGUCUCUACUCCAUGCAGAGCUCUUACUUUGCCUCCUGAAAGUCAACCCUGAACCGAAGGGGG